AUGCUGAAUGAUGUAGUAGUUUACCUUCCAAAUACUUCCGUUCAAAAUAGUCAAAAUAUUCAGUGUAAAGGUAACGAAAGCAAUGGCAAUGUUUUUAUCUUAGAUGAUUUAGAAUCAGUUGAAAUUGCAGGGUUCAUUACAAAUAUUGCAGAAAGUAGUGUUAAAAAUGUUAACAGUAAGGAAAACAAAAAUCAAUAUUUACUGAUGGAUACAGUUUUAGCUGAUUUACCUUCUGAAAAUGGUCAAAAACCAUACAAAGAUGUAGAAGAAAGCUAUGAAACAACUGAUAAUAAAGAACAAAAUCCAGACUUUAAUAUUAUGCAAGAACUACAAGAAGUUGCAGAAGAAAAUAACGGUAAUGACAAUCUUAGUGAUCUCAGUGAAACUGAGAUACCAGGUAACAAUAAUGGAAAGAAAAACAAAACUCGUUUAACUGAUGUACGAAGAAAACGUGCAGUUGAGAAAAAAAAAGCAUUUAGAAGGAGACGACGACCUCUGUCAUGUCACCAUGGUCAUAUUGCUGAAGAUGAGUACCAAGGUCACCUCAAACAAAAAUCUGAAGCAAUGGACCAAAAGAAGAAAGACAAAAUAACAGCAAUUGAAAACCCAGAUACUGUUUUGGUUAUUACUGUAGAUAUGGAAGCAGUAAAGUUGGCUCCAGUUUAA